AUGGAUUGUUACAAACCUUCAGAAGAUUUCGAAGUCAAUAACUUACAAUCUCUCGUUGACUUCGAUGUCACUGAUUCAAAGGAGCUUUGGCUUAUGCAGUGCCCUUUAAGUCAUUUUCCAGAUAUUGAAGGGAAGGAGCUUAAGGUUAAGUUAGAUAAAGAUGGAGUCUUUGGAGGUUUUGAGGAUUUAUCUGGUAAAGAGAUUGAGCUUGUUAGCUUUGCUUCUCAAGAUGCUGAUGCAACUGUGAUCUUACCUUCUCAACAAGAAUCCAAAAUAGUUGGGGAGAUUUCGCGGCGAGUUUCAUUAGUUCGUUUCCCUGAACCAAAAGAGCUGCUUGAGACAAUGAAGGUCAAAACUCAGCAGAAGCUUGUAGGUGGAGCAGUGGCGAGUUCCUCUGUUAAAAACUCUAACCCGGCUCUUAGUAGCCGUCGUAAAAGUGUACAGUCUGCUCUUCGACACUCAGUUUCCACACGCAGCAGCAGAGACAAGAGCUUGUUCUCUACCUUAACCGAGACUCCCAUGUCUUCAAAAAGAAAGCAUUCAGAGCCCUCCUCUUCAGAUAGAUCACGUAAGUCUAAGAAGCAAGUGAAGACUGUGAAGUAA